CGGGAUAAGUGGCAUUCGGGUUUGUUGUGUUUGUUUGUUUGUUUGUUUUUUUUAAUAUUGAUACAAGAGCAUUGUGUUGUCAGAGGACGUCAUGGGCUUCUCGAGUCUUCCUAAUGCUGGCAACUACGUGCUUGGCGUCUGUGGAUGUGUGUGUCUGUGUGUCUUUGACGAUGACGCGCGCGCGCGUGUUUUGUGUGGCGGCGUGAUCGCACACAAAUUACCCUUCGAUACUUAACUCCUCGUCACCGUCUCAAGUUGAGCCAGAAACUGCAUCAAGUGCUCCGGUUGUUCGGGUGGCGUCUUGGAUACGUGCUGGAUUAUGGGGCUGUAAUAUUUUUGUUUAUUAGCAACGGUAUAACGAACCCAUACUUUAAUUCAUAAAAUAAUUGAGCAUUUUUACAAAAUGUUUGAAAGGGUGGCGUCAACGUGCUCAGAUUUUAUCAGUAGAAAAAGAACUAAAUAAAAGCAUCGUUGAACAAAACUGACUUCAGCCUCUCCCCCUGAGCUGGCGAUGUGUGCCCAUUGCUGUGGGUUGAUCUCACUGGACUCGUGUAAACUGGAGCUAGUAAUCUAAGAGGGGUGAGGGUUGUCUUGCCCGUCAAAGCCCAGGAGCUGUCAGGGUUUCUGGACGAAAAUUGCGUGGGUGAAGGAGGGUUGUGGGGUGGGUGAGUCGACGUUCAUUAAGAUUGCUUGGCCUGGAUGGAGCUCGCGCAGCGCAUGUGCUGCCGUGAGUCACAGACGCCGCGCCUCCCUCCGCCUCCCCUAGCCUCCCCCGCCCCCGAGUGUGCCAGCUGCUGGAGGAGGAAGCUGCCGCAGCAUCGAUAUAUUUCAUUGGAAAAUGUCAGUCGUGAGGAAGGAGCCCCCAUUCCCCUGGCCAGCUACGAGUCUAGGCAUGGUCGGAAAAAGUGCCACUGACGUCAGCAGCUGCGGACUGAGACCAGCAGGAUCCUCCAGGAAACACACAUAGCACGCUGGGCCCCAGGCAGGCAAGCAGACACUAGCAAUAAUGUCAACAUCAGCCUCAACAACAUCACCUGGGAUCAGCCCUUUCCAACUGCUGAGAGAUGCACUGAGGCUGACAGCCCCCAUCGCUUGUCAUCCAUCAUCUCACAACAUGUGUAUCAUGUCUGCCAGCAGGAUGGCAUAAAUUCUGUCCUGAAAGGCAAGAUGUCAUUUGGCUCACCGUCCUACCCUUCCCCACUUGAUCGCAUUCGCACCAAACAACGAGAGCGUGCUGCAGAGAUGGGGUUCAUAGGCCACUCAAAGGAAGCAUCAUUUGAAGUAAAUCAGUCUUUUCCCAAGACAACCAAGUCUCGUCAUCACCAUGAGGUGCUGCCAGGGGAUGCAACUUUAACUACACCCAGUGUUAGAGAUAAUAAACCCAAAGUUGGUGAUGGUUUGAAUGACGUCAGUUUCUCUGCAAGUCCUUUGCGAAGAUCCUUUUCUCGGACUAGGGAAGCUGCUAGUGGGAGAGAAGAGAUGGACAGUAAAAACAGGUCAAUGAGUGAAAGUUGGUCAUUCUCGAGAUUUUUAGGCAAUCAGACAGGAUGUGCCAUCUUCCCCACUACAGUCAGGAACCCAAACAAAGCCAUAUGUACAAUUGCUGCUCAUAGUUCGGAAAUUUUGACGGCCAACAGCAUGGCCUGUGAGCUGUUUGGCUAUGAAGAAGAGGAUCUUGUAGGGCGCUCUCUGAGCACACUUGUUCGUCUCAAGCCUAAAGAGCAGGAAGUCAUUGCAGAGAAUCACAUGGAGCCCAGUGGCCAGAUUGUGUCCCUCGCAGGAAAAGUGGUAGAGGCUGUAGACAGUCAUGGGUUGACACUUCCUAUAUCCCUUUGGGUAAAACGACUAGACGACAGGGAGAACUGGGGACCAGACCGCCAGCAGCAUGGACGACUGCUGUGUGUUAUGGAGCCUGUGGAACGUACUGUGGCCAACAUCCAUUUUGAUUCACAAGGGGACAUCUUGUGGUGUGAUGACUCUUUAGCCCAUCUGUGUGGCUUUGCAGGGUCUCAGCUUGUCUGUGGCCUUAACGUACGACAACUGAUUCCUGCCUUUAAAUACCCUGACCCUCUCUUGGGCAUCACCAAGGAAGUGAAAAAGCAGAGGGCCACUGGCCGAACCCGGGAUGGAAGCUCUUUUCCUUUGAGCAUUAUCAUCAAAACUGCAGAGGAAGAAAAGGAUGGCCAGUUUACAGAACUGAAACAAGAUUUGAAAUUCAAGCAGCCUUAUUACUGUGCUACUGUGUGGAUAUUUACUAACAUCAGUGGCAUGAUUGCCCUGAAGCCUGAUGGCACUAUUUACAGUGUAAAUGACAAUUUUUCUCGCCUUCUUUUUGGCUACACUCGUUCUCAGUUGGUUGGUGAGAGUAUCACCCUUCUGAUUCCUGACUUUUUUGACGUCCUUGACAUGGAGUUGGAAACUUCAUUGGUACCUGUGGAUUUUGAGUUAGACGAUGAUGAUGAUGAUGUUGUUCAGGACCCCACUACUGAUACACACUUUGGAGACAAGGAAAAUGCUGUAGAAUGCUGUGAACCAGCUCAUCCUUUGGUUUCUCAAACAAUAUUUCAACCAGCCACCUCAACCCCAUGUAGACAGUCAGCAGAUGGAUCUAAAGAGGGAGAACAGACGACAGAGGGGCAUGACCAGGUGUUCAGUGAGACUUCAGAGAGCCAAAUAGUAAAUAAGAGAAUGUACAGUCAAGGUAAACCUAUGACUCCUUCAGGAGACAAUGCUUUACAUCAGUUGGACAUACAGUCUUUAUCUGAGGAACGUGACAAAAGUGUCAAAGAUGAAGACAGGGUUAUUCCCAGUGGUGUGCAGUGUGGCAUUCAUUGUGUUUGUAAGGAUUCCUUUUCACCAGUCUGCAAAAGAAAAGUGCAUCUGGUAUCUUCGGCUGUUCCAAAAGGCCACAAUGACACAGCAAGCUCUUCACCAUCACCAAAAUCAAAUGAACAUGGUGUUCAUGACUUGCUUGUGUCUGACAACGAAGGUUCAGAUCCUCAUGAUAUAGCUGAACUUCUUGCAGCUCAAAUGUCAUAUGACAAUAUUGACGGACAAAUCUCAGAUGAUGAUGAUGAUGGCCAAGGUGAUAGUAGUGAGACAUUUGAGUUGGAAAGUUCUGGCUUUGAGGGGACAACUGCUGAUGUCAGCAGCAACAUUGACGAUGUUAGGGAAGAUGCUGCAGAUAGUCUGCCUGUCACCAAGCAGAUAAAGAAAACUCGCAAUACCCACCGUUUAAAUGAUGAGAUUUACCAGCCAAAAGAUUUAGCAGGUGGUGUCGAUACCAGCACUUCUGAUGACACUAGCCCCUUAGAUGAAAAGCUUGUCAGUUUCCUGCACCUAUACUCCAAUCACUCUGUUCAUUCGGGAGGUGGUGACAAUGCAAGCGAUGCUUGUUUUGAAGAUGAAUCGAGUUAUUUUAGUCGGGAUGAGACAGGAGCUUCCAAUCCUAACACAGAUUCCAGCAGUUCUCGAGCUUCCAGCAGAGGCAAGGAUGUCAGUUCUUCAAAUGUGGAUUCUUCCCACACGGAGGCCGAAAAUGGUGAUGAAUCAACAAACUCAACACAAACCGAUGCAAGACCAGGUGAACAGUGCUGUGGACAAAUUCCAGAGGGCAGUUUUUCUGGUCAAGCCAAACACAAAGAUGGUGGAUUCCUUGGAGUUGUAUUCCAAAUUAAACGAGUCACUUUAGCUGAUGGCUCUCAGAUGGUUUUACUAUGGUUGUCUCGUGAUCCUGAGGAGAUUCUGGAUGCUAGUCGUUCCCAUGGUAACCUGACCCUUGCCUCCAGUUUAAGCAGUACCUUAGAUCAGUCUGGACACAGCCUUGGAGAGUUGAUUCAAGAUCAAGCAAACUCUGAAUCUAAGUUAGAAGAGACUGAAGUUAUGCCGGCUCAGCAAUUUGCAUCCCCAGGCAAAACACCAACAGAUAGUAAUCCACGCAACAUAGACAGUGAGGAGCUUGUGGCUGCAUGUGCUGGAGAAUAUAAUGACAGUUACAUUACUCUUUCUUCCAUUGGGAAAGGAGCAUUUGGCUUUGUCAAACUUGGUGUUCGCCGUUCAGAUGGUAAAGAGGUGGUGGUAAAAUUCAUACGUCGUGGGAAGGUUCUGAGAGAGAGUUGGGUCAUGGACCCAGGACUUGGCAUGAUUCCUAUGGAAGUGUUUUUGCUGUCCCGUCUCGAACACCCCAACAUUGUCACGGUGCUGGAUGUGUUUCAAAACAAAGCAUUCAUCCAACUGGUCAUGGAACGACAUGGCAGUGGCAUGGACCUCUUUGAGUUUAUUGAUCGAAACCCUCGACUAGAUGAAGCUCUUACAUCUUACAUUUUCCGACAGAUGGUGGCAGGGGUGUCCUAUCUUCACAGUCAGAACAUCAUUCACCGUGAUAUAAAAGAUGAGAAUGUCAUCAUUGAUGAAAUGUUUCGAAUUAAACUGAUUGACUUUGGAGCUGCAGCAUACAUGGCUCCUGGAAAAGUGUUUGGGACCUUUUGUGGAACCAUUGAAUACUGCAGUCCUGAAGUGCUGAUGGGCAACAAGUACAGAGGCCCAGAACUGGAAGUAUGGUCUCUUGGUAUUACAUUGUAUACGCUUGUCUUUGGAGAAAACCCAUUUUUUGAUGUGGAAGAGACACUACAAGGUAUCCUGAAGCCACCAUCUCGUGUCUCACGAGCACUUAUGUUCCUCAUCACCUGGGUGCUACACCCUGACCCACUGUGCCGAGCCACCAUCAAUGACAUUGAACGCAAUGCUUGGGUGAACCAACCUGUCAAUCCUGACAGCUACCGGUGGGAGCAGGUGCUGCCCAACACAGAGUUCAAUGGUAACACGGCCUGUGAUAACCGUGAAGACUCAAUGGGUCCUUGCAGUAACCAUAGCAGUUGCAGUCAGACACCUGGCAGGGGCAGUCACAGCCGAAUUCAUGAGGUUGCUACAAGCUUCGAGCGACUAGUGAAAAUUCAUGGUUGUGAUCCUGGCUGUUGAUGUCAACCAUAUAAUCUCAAAAUAAGUCAGGUGCUGUACACCAGUCAGACUGAUGAAGAUGCCUCAUGAAAGUCUUCAGUGCUGAUGGCUUUAGAGAAAAAGCUGCAACAUUUUGAGCUCAGUUUGAAUCAGAGAAGAUUGGGGACAAUGUUCAGGUUGUAACAAAAUUUUGUUAAAAACAACCCUCAAAAAAGUAUAACCAACAUAAGCUGUGCAGGAGUGAGAACAACUAGUGGAUGAGUCAAACAACUCUUAAACUGAAAAAGCACAAAAUAUAAUAGAAUGAAAGAGAGAAGAAAAAGAAAUAUGGUCUUUAAACCCUGAAAUUCUGAUUUCAAAUGUGCUAUGAAAAUAAGUUGAGCAGUUUUUUUAACAAAAAGUUUUAAAUCAGUAAAACUUAAUUUCAUUCAUUUAUACCAUGUAAUGAGUCAUCCUGGAAUACUCUAGCAAAUCUAGUUUUUCCUGAAAGCCUCCAGUGCCAAAAAAAGCAAAACUUGACGGAGAUCAAUCUUUGAAGACAAGUGCAAAUUAUAUCAACUGAAUCAGUUGGAACUGUUUAUGGGCAAGUUGAACAUGAUCGGUUCUAUUACAUAGUGCUCAUUAAUGUCCUUGGCAUUACCCUCAAGAGUUACAAGGGGUAACCUGAUUGCAGCACAAAAAGCCCAAGUAGCUUACAGUUUGUUUGUUUGGGUUUUUUAAAAAUAUAAAGUUACAAGAAGAAAUAAUGCUUAGUAAAAGCUAUGGACGUGAAAAGUCUGUUCCAGGUUUGGCUUUUCCAUCUCCCCUACAACUCUCUACUGUUAGUAACAAAUUUUACAUGUAGCUGAACAAUGAACUUUCAGUAGUCUUGUAAAAAGGGCAUCCUAUUUUUAGCAGGUUCCUUCCCUUCAUUUUCAAUAAAAUGUUAAUUUAUAAGUACAGCUAACACAAGAGAAUAAAAAUUUUUUUACCAACAUACACUGUAGUUCAUUUCAUCCAUUUUCCAAACCGAACCACCAAAAAGAAAGAUUGGUUUUUGGUUUGGGGUUUUUUUUUAACAUCUCUUUAGUACAACUUUCAUAGUAUGGUGCUGCUGGAAGAAAUUUCUGUGAAAUUAACUGGAUAACUGUAUAUGCAAGAUAGUCUGCUUUUUAAUGUAGAUAUGUAUGCGUAUAUAUUGUUUUUAUCUUUUUCUCAUAUGCAUAGAUAAUCUGUAUCCAUAGACAUUCAUGCAGAUGCAUAUUCACACACACACACCACUGUGUUUGAAGAAUGGAGUGGAUUUUGGUGCUAAACAUGGAUUUUUUUUCAAUAUGUUUGUAUAAUUUAUGAAAACAGUAACACCAAACAUUACAUUUAAAAAAAACACUCGAUAUUCAUUGUCAUUAACAUUUAGAAAAUAUCAAUUCUCAUACUGGAUGCUAUGACUCAGGCAUGAGACAAUACUGUGUCAGUACAGGCUCUGCUGAUUGUGAUACAGACAAGCUACAGUAGGAGACGGAUGGUAAAUACUACUGUCUAUACAGGACUUGAUUUUUAGAUAAGAUUGGACUUAUUUAUCCUAGAGGGCAGUUAAUAGUAGCUCUAUAGCGAGGCGAGGGUUAGAAUCACACUACAACAACCAACAUUACCAUAACAUUCAUAACCGCUCCAUCAGACAGACAUUUGCACAAUCAUGAUUCAGACUUGAAUAUGAUUCAUUCAUACACAGAAGCAUUCAAAAGUCGCAUGGCCAAAACAACGAAGAACAGCUUCAAUCUGUUGGUCCUGCAUGCAGGUACAUUGGAUCAGCAGCCCAACAGGUCAUUAUGGGUUGUCCCAAUAAUUUUGAAGCAAGUAUUUUCAACACAAUUCAAGCUGCUCUUGUCCUUCACUGCUAAAUUGUUAUAAAAUGCAGAUUAAUGAGGACAGCGCACCCUGAAUGUAUGAUUUAUAGAACAGCUGAAGAAAUCCCUGUGAGACUGAGAAAGACUUCAGCUUCUGUAGAAGGAAGAGACACUGUUAAAUAUCUUCUUAUUCUGUCCCUCUAGUGCUUGUGCUGUCACUCUUACCAAUGCAGACAUGUUCGGAAAUAAGAAACAAGUACAAUGUUGGUUCCUUCCAAAAAUUAGCAUUUGACUAUAAAUCUGUUUGUAAACAGAUAUUUUGGAUACUAUUUGCAGUCCAGUGGUAAUAUAUUUCUAGUUCUGUGUUGUACAUUUUUUUCCUAGUAAAAGAUAGAGUUUAGUGGGGCUUUUUUUCCUUUUGUUUUAAAUGACCAUUUGGGUUUCACAGAUAACACUGAAAUCAUAACAAAAUGAAGUAAUAAAAUAUAAGAGAUGAGAAAUCAUAUGUAUAAAAAAUUAUAAAAACGUUUACUAGCAAUAAGUUCAAACUUGAUAAUCCUGAUGAAAUGUCUAACUAGUAAACUCUUUAAUCUUACUUUACCCAUGUGUUUUUUCCUAAGUUAAUUGUGUUAUUGAAGUUCAUUAAGUUGAAAAGUUUAUUAACUGCCAUUUACAUACAAUUAUACACUGCAUUCACAAAGCUAUUUUUAUCAAACUUUUACAUUUUGUCUUAAUUUACAUGAAAUUUCAGUAUUAAUAUCAAGUCAAUAGAGAGUUUGUGCUAGUGUCAGUAUAUUUAAGUGAAUCAAGCAAUUGAAAACUACAUUAAUUCCCAAGCGCACUGGUUAAUUUUCAAAAAUCAGAUAAACUUGAAGCAUACACAAAUCUUUUGUAACUUUUAGCUGUCCUGUCACUUAUGACAGGUGCUAACAGCUCUCAGGUUAAAUUAUUGAUUUUCAACAUAUUUGAACAUGAUGUAGCACCAUUUUAGUACAAGUUUGUGCAAUAAAAUGAAAUCAGUAAAAUAAUUUUAAACAAACUUACAGUAAUGUGGUGGGAUUUUCUCUGUUAAUGUUGUAAACUGGUCAUGAGAAAAUGCAACUGAAACAUGUUUAAGAAAUGUUUAUUUUGUAUGUUAAGAAGACAAUGCUUAAGAUCCAUGGAUGUUGCAGAGGAAUUAAUGCAGUUAGUAGUACUGAUGGAUAUCCUAAUCAGCAGGUAUUUGUGGUUAAAAGCAAAGUUGGGAAGACAGUUUAUGAAAACAUAUUCCAUUUUAUAAUAAGUGUCCAAAAUGCUUCUUAUAAUUUCAUGAUUUCCUGGACACUCUUGGCUCUUGUUCAAAGGUAAAGUUAAUAUUGAGGAGUUGACAGUUUUUUCCCACCACUUUUCAUGUUCAGAAAACAUUUCUUUGUUUCCUAUUACCCUGUCCUGCCUAUGAUGUACUUUGCAGGUUUUAUUACACAUUUGUUAGCAUCAUUGUGAUAAUGACAGCGUUGUGAAAAUAAAACAAUGCCUUGUUUUGCAUACUUUUGA